AUGCAGAAGUGGAUUGAAUUAGCUAAACAAGUUGAAUAUGUAAUUCGAGAUUAUCCAAACCUGCGAUUGACUCAAGGAAGAAAGGUGUUUGAAAUCCGGCCCACCAUCAAGUGGGACAAAGGCAAGGCUCUUGAGUUUCUCUUGGAAUCACUUGGCUACGCCAAUUGCACCGAUGUUUUUCCGGUCUACAUAGGAGAUGAUAAGACGGAUGAAGAUGCAUUUAAGGUGCUAAAAGAGAGGGGUCAAGGUUUUGGAAUUCUAGUUUCCAAGAAUCCUAAAGAUACAAAUGCGUUGUAUUCGUUGCGAGAACCUUCUGAGGUCAUGGCAUUUCUGCGCCGUCUGGUCGAUUCGAAAAGAUUGUCCCUAAGAAGGCAGUUUAGACUGAUAAGAAGACUUGAGGAGAUCAAACAUUGUGUAUUUUAUCAUUUUGUAUGUUCGGAAAGCUUGCAAAACUUGAUAAAGUAUAUUGGUGUUGUGGAUUCGGCCGUAAAUGAAGAAGUUGCAGGCGACGAUCUGGGAACUAGGGUUCCGGCGAUUGGAAGUGAAGAGAAAGAAAGAGAAAUGGGAAAUGAUUUGGACUACACGUUUUUCACUCAGUCAAAGGGACACGUGGCAGAUGGAGAAAAGGGACCCAUUGGAUAG